UGUUCCAUAGUUAUUAACCUAAACACGCUGAUGGUGUCUGUUGAGAGAUAUUGAUGUCACUGCUCAAAUGAUUGUCAUCAUCUCCCAUGAUAAAAGAUCACGACUGUAUGAUAGAGAGGAUUAACUGGUUUUAUCUGGGAUUAAAGACGGUCCCCGUCUAGGUUUCCUAAUGGGUGUGGGUUUAUAUUCAGAGCUUAACACCUUCUAAAAGCUCUCCAUCCAUCACUUGAUUUUAGAGAGAAGAAGUACCAGACCGCAGCAUGACUGAAACUGUAACACUCGUUUUGAAGAAGUAUGCACUGAUUUCUGUAUUUCAAUAUCGAAGAAAAUCCAGAUGAAGAUUGUAGAAUUGCAGAUUACGUCUGUGGCAGACAAAAUGGAGCAAGUGUCAGGCGAUCGGGAUCAGUUGUUUUCUCUGGUUAGUAAAGCUCAGCAUGGAAGAAUGGAUGAGCAGCGCUGCACCUUGGGUCCAGCAACACCUCAACAAGCUCAUGACUGCAGCCCAGAUGCCGAUGAGUUUUUCCAGCUGCUGGUCAAGAGUCAAAGUCAGCGAUUAGAUGAGCAACGGGUGACGCUUAACUCAUUGCCAGGGAUGGAGGCAUUCAUGAUCAAAGAUCCUAAAGAUGGAAAUGUAUUGAAGACAAACUUUGAUCAGUUCUGUAGCAUGGUCAGCAGAGCUCAUAGCUUCAGGAAACGCAAUCCUCCAAAAAUGAGCCUGACCCCUGGGGCCCAGGACUCUAUGAGAAGAUCAAGCUUCAGUCCUCGUGCUACUGCUGACUCGGACACUUAUAACACACUCACGACCAGAUCAGCCUCGUUCAGCCCUAUAUCAGACAAGGACAGAAUGGACGGUGAAAGUCUUCAACAUGAGCAGGACCAGCUGUUGUGUCUAGUUAGUCAAGCACAAAAUGGACGUAUGGAUGAACAACGCUGCUCGAUUAACCCUUUAUCACGCAGACAUAUGGAGAACAGCCAGUCAGAUCAAGAUGUUGAGAAGUUUUUUAAACUCAUUGCUAAUACCCAAAAUCGGCAGUUAGAUGACCAGCGGGCGACGCUUAACCGGUUACCAGAGAUCAAAUCGCCUCCUAGUAUGACUGCUCAGGAUUCAGAUCAGCUCUUCAGCAUGAUCUCCAGAAUACAGGGCUCUCGGAUAGAUGAUCAGCGCUGCUCUGCUCCCAAAAUCCACCUGGGGUCUCCCGCCCCCACAAAGAAGUCUCCUUCUCAACCUGUAUCAGCGACUAACCGUCCAUCCCAAUCAGGCUCACCCACUAAAUCAUCCCGGAGAUCAGGAACAUUCAGUCCUGACUCUGAGGUAAAAAAUUGCAUUGAUCAGGACCAGCUUUUUUCCCUGCUACAUAAUGCACAGCACCGGCGAAUGGAUGACCAGCGGUGCUCAUUUGAACCCUUUAAAAAGACUUCCUCUUCUCCAAAGAAUCCAAACACUAGUCCCACAGUGGAAGAUCCUGAGCAGUUUUUCAAACUGGUGUCCAGCUUUCAGAGCGGACGGCUGGAUGACCAGCGCGUGACACUCAAUGCAUUGCCAGGCAUCCAGAACUCCAGCACUGGAACUAAGAGAGAGAACAAUAAAACAUUGGCUCCUAAAAUCACCCUGACCCCUGCUUUACCUGCUGCGCCAACAAAAGUUUGUUCCAGACCUUCCUCUCCCACACUGAGCGUCAGUGAAUCAGACACACAUGUCAGGCCUCCCCCCAGACUGGCCUCAUUUCCCCCAGAGAGAUUACUGCAUGAUGAUAUGUCUGCACAGAUAUCAUUUCAGAUUUCCAUGUGCUUCCCUCCACACCAGACGCAUGGAGCAAAUAACCAGCCAUAUCCAUUCCCUGAAGUCUUCAUCACAAUCGGACAACCAGGGGAGGCUAUAGUAAUUCCUCUCAGCCCCAGGCCUGGCAGACCGGUCUCUCUCAGUGUGAACCCACACAGACAGCAUCGCUCCAGGUCUCCUGAGAGUCAGGGACAGUCCAGACCCUCUUCUCCACACCUGUCUGGUCCGGUGGGCCUAUAUGAGGACUACUUCUCUCUGAAACAAAGCGUCCACACCACUCAGCUGCAACAGAACAAGGAGGCUGAGAAGGGGAAAGGAAAAAGUAGUGGAAAGAAAGAAAAAAAGGAGAAAAGCAAAGAAAAGAGAAAAUAGGAUGCCAUGCGUGAUCAUAUAGUCUAGUUUCACAUCACCUGGAUGAAUGUCAGUAUUACAAAAAAGCUAAACAUUUUGGUUUUUAGAUAAAAUAAUUAGCAUGUCAAAAUAAGCUGUGUUCACACUGGAAAUUAACAUACUGUUUAGAAGUGUAUUCUGUAGUGUUUUUGUUUCAUGGCUCGUUUGACAAUCUCUUGUGAAUUAAAAAUGUAUUUGUGUGAAGCUUUAAUGAGUGUUUUUAAACUUAGCGUUAUCUGUGCUAUUCAUGUUUCAUGAAAAAUAAAUCAUCAUCUAAUUAGGAUACUGAUAUUGAUCUCCUGCAAAUGUACAUGACUUUAAACAUGUUUUCCAAAAUUACUAACAACUUAAUUAAGUGUAAAACCUUUUUUAAUGUGAAACAAAUCAAAGUAGGCCAAGUGAUACAGCAGGCAAAGCAUAUGACUGAGCACAUGUGUAGGCUACCCUAAAACUGACUUUUCACCAGCUUUAUCUCAUUCACUUAAAUCACAGAAUGACUGCUUGUGUUUUCAUCAAAGAGCAGUGAGUUUUAACAAGUAAAUUCUUGACUGAAACUAUUCUGUCGGUCUUGGUCUUAUUCUGCGCUACAGUAGAUUACAAGUGUUUCAGAGCAACUGCAGCAUCUGUGUGAACUCGCCUGCAGUGCUUCCUCUCGCUCUGAAACUGCUGAAUGUCUUUACUUCAUCCAACGGCCUCAAAUCAGAGAUCUGUACCUUGUACAAUGUUUUAAAUGCUGAGCAAAUGGAUUUUGAAAGUU